ACAGGAUCUGGAGGGCACUACAUCAUCAUCAACAUGGCCGCCGGCCGUCCACCGUAAAAUCAACUUUUCUCGUCAACUUUUUGUUUAUUUUCGUUCCUACCAUGUUUUCUGUUUCAAGACUGGACAUGGCAGCAGCAGGAACGUAGUGCGAAGUAACGACGAAGCGACUCGAAUGAUUGUCUAAGGGUGAUUACAAUAUAGCUCGUCAGGACUGGACUUGGGACAAAGCGAUAGAAGACGGAUAUAGGUCUGGACUACACACUGCAACAAGUGGAUAAAGCAGCAUGAAGCAAACUCGAUCCAGCAUCCAAGAAUCCCAAAGCAUCAUGGCCAGCUUUACGUUCACCCACGCCGCUGUCCUAUUGGUGGUCGCCGUGGUUACGUGUUACUGGAACUCGCUGUACUGCGGUUUCGUGUUUGACGACAUGUCGGCCAUCAAGGAUAACCGUGACCUUCAUCCGUCCACCCCACUCUACAACCUCUUCUUGAACGAUUUCUGGGGCACCCCUAUGCACAUGGAGAAGAGUCACAAGUCGUACCGUCCCCUGUGCGUGCUGACAUUUCGGCUGAACUACCUUCUGCACGAGUUAGAACCCAUGGGGUACCACCUGGUGAACGUGUGUCUCCAUGCAGCGGUCUGUGUCGCGUACAUGAGCGUGUGCUGCAUGUUCGCCAGCCUCGGUACAAGCUUCCUCGCAGCGUUACUGUUCGCUGUUCAUCCCAUUCACACAGAAGCGGUGACAGGUGUGGUGGGCCGUGCAGAGCUUCUCUCCUCCAUCUUCUUCCUGACUGCCUUUAGAUGUUACACCUGCUGCUGUAAAUCUGUCAAACCUGCAGGUGGGUGA